CAAUUAGCGGAAAAACAAAAGCUACAACAGCAACAACCACAGCAAUCAUAUUUACUACAAAUUUCUCCAACAACCACAACGCCCACAACCCCACAACCCGCAGAAAAAAUUACACACAAACGCACACAUUCACAAACGCGUUUCAAAAUACGCAAAACCGAAUCGGUGCAGGAGACCCAAUUGGGCGCAACACCCACCAACAAACGUGCCACCAGUAGGAAACGCUUCUCUAUGCGUAAAUCACGUUCACUUGACGCGGAAGCAUACACGCUGGCCUGCGUACAAUCGCCGCUCUGGGCGACAUUAACGAAUGCCCGUACAAUCAAUGAAAUCCUACAGGACGAUUACUAAAUGAGGUGACAGCGA